UGUGACGCCGCCUCGGCUCGAGCCUCAGCCCAAUCUCGGCAGCCCGUGGCUUCUGGGACCGUGACCGUUGUCAGACAGCCAUGGUCGCAAUGAAGCUGCUGCUCUCCUUCGCCGUGGUUGCGUCGCUAGCCGCUGCAAGCCAGGUCACCCCGGUGGAGAAGGUCCUGGAGCUGCUGAAGGAGCUGGAGGGGCAGGUGAUGGCCGAAGGCACGGCCGAGUCGGCCGCGUACGACGAGUUCGCCUGCUUCUGCAGGGAAAAGACGGAGGGCCUGGCGUCCACCAUCGGCCAGGCGAAGGAGGAGAUUGACACCCUGAGCGCGGACAUAGAGUCCGACACGAAGGAGAAGAUCGUCAAGCUUGGCGAGCUGGAGGAGCGUAAGAAGAAGCAGGAGGCGGACAUGGCCGCCUUGGCCGAGGCGAAGGCACAGCUUGCCAAGGACACGGCCCAGUACGACUACGACGCCGCAGACCUUCAGAAGGCCGUCGACAGCCUGAGGGGCGCGGUGACCGCGCUGAACGACGCGAGGCCGACGCCGGCGGCGCUGAUCGCGCUCGGCCGGGCAGUGAAGAUGGGCACCGUGGCGAGCGCGUUGAGGAAGAUGAAGACCCCCGCCGCGCAGUCCGUCGGCACGCUCCUCCAGUCGGGGGUGGACCCGAGCAGCCCCGAGUAUAAGUACCACUCCGAGGGCAUCGUCGAGACCCUCGACAGCCUCUUGGAGGAGUUCACCGCAAAGAAGACCGAUCUGGACUCAGAGUGGACCAAGACGAAGGCUGCCGCGGAGCUGAUGAUCUCUGGCCUCGAGGCCGACAUCGAGAACAACAAGAACGCGAUGAACGUCCUUAACACGUCCGUAGAGGACCUCAAGUUUGGCAUCGCCGCGGACACGGAAGCGUUGGUGGUGAGCGAGGCGAUGUUGAAAGACGACAAGCUGUACCUCAAGGACCUCACUGCGAGUUGUGAGGCUCGGGCCACGGACUGGGAUCAGCGCUCGCAGAUGCGCGCGGGCGAGCUGAAGGCGCUCACGGGGGCCGUCAGCAUUCUGGAGCAGGAGGUCGCGGGCCGGGACGAGGCGGUCAACAAGAGGGCCUUUGCGCAAACCAGGGCCAAGGCGCCGCGGGCCUCGUCGGCGCCCGCGUCCCUCGUGCAGGUGCGCAGCCACGGCGGCCACGACCUGGAGCAGGCGCAGUCGCAGCAGCAGGCGGCGCAGGGCAGGGCCGUGGACGUGCUCACCAAGGAGGCGCAGCGGCUGGGCAGCAGGAGCCUCUCGGUGGUGGCCAUGCAGAUCGCUGCCGACCCUUUCGCCAAGGUCAAGGGCAUCAUACAGACGCUCAUUGAGCGCCUCCUCCGGGAGUCCAUCGACGAGGCCACCAAGCAGGGAUUCUGCAACACGGAGCUCGGCGUUGCCAAGACGGAUCGGAACUUCAGGUACAAGGACGUUAUGAGGUUGAACACGGAUAUCCAAGGUCUCGAGCUCAAGAGGGACGAGCUCGACGCAGAAAUUCAGGAGCUCGUCCCAGCUAUCGCGGAGCUGACAACCGACCUGCAGAAUGCGACUACGAUGCGUGAGCAGCAACACGUGCAGAACAUGGCGGAUAUCAAGACCGCGAAAGAGGGUCUGGAGGGUGUGACCCAGGCCAUUGUUAUCAUCAAGACGUUCUACAGCCAGGCCGCGAAAGCGACGGCCCUGGUCCAGGCCUCGCCUGUGGACGAGGACACCUCUGGCCCAGGCUUCGCGGGCAACUACGGCGGCAAGCAGGUGGCCUCGCACGGCAUAAUCGGCAUGCUUGAGGUGAUCAAGACAGAUUUCGAGCGUACCAUCACGCAUACCCAGGCGUCGGAGGAGGAAGCGCACGCGGAGUUCAUCGAGUUCGAGAGGGCCUCCAAGACCGACAUUAGCGGCAAGAGCAAGAAGGAGGACCUCGACAGGGAGGACCUCAAGACCACUCUGGCAGCGAUCGUGGAGAAGAUGUCCGCCCUCACCACCUCGCAGGGCCUCUUGGACGCCGCUCUGAAGAGGCUCACCGAUCUGAAGCCCAUGUGCACCGACUUCGGCCAGUCCUACUCCGACCGCGUGGCGAAACGCGAGGAGGAGAUCGCGGCCCUGCGGCAAGCGAUCUGCGCGCUGGCACCCGCUGACCCGAGCGUCGAGCCCCAGUGCCAGUGAUCGCGCCCGGCGGCCGAGCCAUCGCAUCGCCGAGGGCGGCGCGCUUCCCAACCAGAGAGCAUCCCUCCCUCCUUCCUCCCUCACGCAUCCUCAUCCGGCUCCUCCUUCUCUCUCUUCUUCUUACUCCUCUCCUUCUGCCUCCUCUGGUUCGUCCUCAGGGUUUCCGUGGGUGGUGCCGCAGCGAUUCGAAGGUCCGUUUGGGCGCCCAUAUUCAUGACGUCAGGAGCAUUACCGACGCGCGCGGCGGCGUCCCAGACUUGUCGGAAACGCUGGGUGGCGUCAGCGCCCGAUGGCCCGUGCACGGAGGCGAC